GGGAAGAGAGAGGAGGAACCAAUGAAGUUCUGACUUGUGAGCUAAAAGAGGGACAUGAACGGAGGAGGAUGAUACGGAGAGACGCGGCGUUUGGAAAAAAUAAAGAAAGAGCGAAAAUUUAUUCACUUCCACGCUUCCUGUCUGCUCCCACGCGGCGUUACAGUGCCACGAGAGGGUCGUCAGUGACCUCACCCCUCUCUACCCUCACAGCGCAUUUCUACAGCACGGCGCGGCGCGGCUCAGACUCGUCCUGCGUGCGGGGCGCACCACACGGCACAAACAAACACCCAGCCAGGCGUAUCACCCAGCUCGAGUCCGCAGAGGGGCAAAGGGCCAUGGAGAGCGCCGCCAACAGCUCAGACCUCCGGAGCCAGCUCCCGUUUAUCGGUCAGAACAGCAGCAUCUGCCGCAGCUUAAUCGACAACAGCAGCUUCGCGGAGAUGCGAUGCGGCGGCGACGGGAGCGGGGACGACGGUGUGUCCCGGAGCCUGGACGGAGACGCCAACCCCGUCAUUAUCGCUAUCAUUAUCACAGCUGUUUACUCCAUAGUUUGCAUGGUGGGGCUGGUGGGAAACGUGCUGGUCAUGUACAUCAUUGUAAGGUACACUAAGAUGAAGACAGCCACCAACAUCUACAUCUUCAGCCUGGCCCUUGCAGACGCCCUGGUCACCAGCACACUUCCCUUCCAGAGCGUCAACUACCUGAUGGGCACCUGGCCGUUCGGGGACAUUUUGUGCAAAAUGGUGAUGUCCAUCGACUACUACAACAUGUUUAUCUCCAUCUUCACUCUCACCACCAUGAGCAUCGACCGCUACAUCGCCGUGUGCCACCCGGUCAAGGCGCUGGACUUCAGGACGCCGCGGAACGCCAAGAUCGUCAACGUCUGCAACUGGAUUCUCUCCUCGGCCAUCGGGCUCCCGGUGACGUUCCUGGCCUCCACUGUCACCAACGCCAACAUUAUCGACUGUAAGCUAGACUUUCCCAGCCCUGCAUGGUACUGGGAAACCUUAAUGAAGAUCUGCGUGUUCAUCUUUGCCUUCAUCAUGCCCAUCCUCAUCAUCACCGUCUGCUACGGGCUCAUGAUCCUGCGGCUCAAGAGUGUCCGAAUGCUGUCGGGCUCCCAGGAAAAGGACAGGAAUCUUCGAAGGAUCACCCGCAUGGUCCUGGUGGUGGUCGCCGUCUUCAUCAUCUGCUGGACCCCGAUCCACGUCUUUGUCAUCAUCUCUGCUCUGAUCAACAUCCCCAGCUCCACCCUGCAGACCAUCACCUGGCACUUCUGCAUCGCCCUGGGCUACACCAACAGUAGUCUGAACCCCGUUCUUUACGGCUACCUGGACGAGAACUUCAAACGUUGCUUCCGUGAGUUCUGCACCCCGAGCGCUUCGGUGCUGGAGAUGCCGAACUCAUCCAGAACCGGAGCCACCAGCCGCAAGGCCCCAAGGCGUGAACACAACGGCACAAACACGAGCGAGAGAUCCAAUCAGCAGGUAUGACUAGCCUUGGAGGGGUCGUCGGUGGACUCCCGCUGUUGCGGAGGAGCUGCCAACGACGAUCUCAACUCUGAAGUCACGCAGGUCACCACAGGGCUAUAAUUAGUGCAUGAAAACCACACAGGCAAGACUCAAAACACAGAAACACGGCCGACACGGGGGAGCACAGAUCACCUUCGCCUCUCCCAGCUUCUGUAGUUCUGCUGGAAGUCGGGUUGUAAACCUGCGACUUCAUCCUUUGCAAACAAAUGAUUCUGCCUUCAAAGAAACAAGACAUUUUUAAAUUCAAGAAUCAUUAAAAAAAAAUCACUUUUCUAGUUUGAGAAGGACUGUAUGCUUUACAGGUAGAAAUAUUUCCUGGUAACAAGACAAAGGGAUUGAUUGAUCUAUAAAACCACUUUUACAGCCUGGUAAUAUGGUUCUUUCUGCCUUAUUAAUCCUAACCUCCGGCUCUAGCUCUCAGCUUAUCUGUAACGCUUUAUGAUGAGCUAACAAAUCAAGUGUUUGCCUUUGUUUGUUGGCCUUCAUGCCACUUUUCCUCCAGAUGUUCUUUUGAGGAUGGAUUUGGCUGAAGAUUGUUGGAAAGAAAGGGUUUGUGUUUGUCACUGCUGGAAGACUGCACGGGAGGUGAGAUUCAAAACGAUUUCCCUCCGCUGCGCUUUUCAAAAUGCCUUUGUACGGCUGCGGCGUUGGUGGGGACCUCACCUGGACAGUUGACACCGACCGCUCCGGCUUCAGCCACUUCAGGGCUGCUCCUCCCGUUGCCGUACAGCAGUCAUCCCAUUUCCUCACCUAAGAUUUCACCGCGGUGGACGAAUGAAAACUGGAGAACUUUCUGAAUGUACAUAAAGGGAACCAUUUGUGUUUGUCGCAGUGAGUCAUUCUGCCAAACUGUGCUCCAAACCAGCAAGAGGACGCGUCUGCCUGUCUGUCUGUGCAGCCUGCACAGCAUGCCGUUUUAGUGCAAACACGUGUCUCUGCUGGUGUGCGAUUAGCUGCUGUUGAGCAGCCAUUACUGCAGCUAUAGCUUUUAUAUGAAGGAACUUAAAGUCGAGCCAAACAGGAGCGUACAGCACAUUGUGUUAAUUCUAUGUAAAUAUGCUUGUGCCGACAUGUCGUGUAUCUACAUGUAAAAUGCCUUGUUCAGUCGCUCUGCUUGAUAUUCUCUAAACCAUAUAUUUUUUUUAUAAAGCUCUGUAAAAGAGGAAAAUCUUUCUAGAUGUAAACCUGUGUAAGUGUUCAUCUGCUUAAAUAUAUGUGGUAAAUGCAAACUCAUGGAAAUUAUCGUCACCAAAUGGAGAUUUGUUUUUGUUUUUUCUAAUCAGAUGUGUUGGUAACUGCAAAUGUUUUCAAAUCGAUGUUGCAAUGUGACAAACUUUCUGCUUUGAGUAAAAUGCGUUGCUGAUGUCACUUUGCGCAGAUAAUUGGUAAAUUUUUACUUGCACGGCUUUUCAGGCAUCUGUAAAAAAAAAAAUAAAAUAAAAUAAAAUGUCAAUUGUAAUUUCUCGCAGAUGGCUGAAAACGUAACGGCUGCCACCAUCUAUAUAAUCCAUAAACUGUAUGUUUGGUACUUUUAGACGUCUAAGCUCGAAAAGGCAGAGUAGCGACAUGGAGCAAUCAACCCAACCGUAGCGGCUUUGUUUGAUUUGUUCUUCAGGAAAAUUCAGAGCAACUCAGAGGAAAACAACUGGACAAUUCAUGCACCAGUACAUAGACACAAACUUAAUCUGGUAAGUUUGCAGCACCCCUAACUUUAUUAAAGCACAUGAUAUCCAAAAAUAAAAUCUUACCCCAGAAGAUCCAGAAUGUCAAAUAUCAUGAAGAUUUGAGUUUUAAAAUUGUGAAAUAUAGGAAGUUUUUUGCAAACAAAGUUUACUUCUGGCUAUUGCUACAAAGUUAAUAAAGUUGUAUUUGAACAAA